UUGCAAAAUACUGUGAAAUAAAAUUAUACAAUUUAUCGAAAAUGGAAACUAGAUGGAUAAAUUGGUGCCGAUUGUGUGCCAACGAAGAAACUAGUUGGAACCUAGAAUCUCUUGAUGAGCUAAAUAAGAUCAUAGUGAGACAUUUAAACUUUUCGUUACAGGAAAUAUCCAACGCCGCUAGCAACGUCUGCAAUGAAUGUUACAGUUUUGUUCAUAAACUGGAUAGUUUUAGGAAACGGUAUCAGCAAACACAUAGAAUGCUACUAGAAUUAUACUCCAUAAAAGAGAAUGACUUUUCCGAGAUUAAACUUGAUGAAACCCGGUUUCGGUUUUUAGAAGAUUCCGCAGAAAUUUUGGUUAAAGAAGAAGACAUUUUUCCCGAAACGGUUGCCUGGGCUGCGGACGCCUGUCUUAAUUCGAAUAUUCCCGAAGACGAUGCCGAUUUUGUGCUUUCGGUGAAAGAUGAAACAAAAUUCGAUUCUCGGAGGAAAAAAAGAAAAUUGAGUAGAGUUUCAUGUGAUUCUAAGAACGAUGAUUUAUCCGAUAGCGUAUCAUCAGAAGAACGGCAUUCACCUGCCGUUUCAGCGAAUGAAAACUCAGCGGAUGAGACGUCAGAUUUCAAUCCUGACUUUGAGAUCGAAGAUGAAAAACCUCCGAAAGCUACAAAGCGAAAACCCCGCGCCAAGUCAAAAAACUCACCGGAGAAAAAAAGGGUUCUCAAGCCGCGACCACGGUGUGAAGCCUGCGACAGUGAAUUCCGCCAUAGAUCCGCCUAUUUACAGCAUCUCGAGACAAAACAUUCGCAAUCGGAAGAGCUGCUGUUUCCCUGUGCUUCUUGUCCGAAACGAUUCGCUUCGGCUAGACGCCAGAAAGAGCACGCCGAAACGCAUUUACCACCCGAGCUGAAAAUGAUACAUCCAUGUCGUUUUUGUGAUAAAAAGUUUAGUAAGAUGACAAGUGUCGUAACACACAUCAAAGCAAUUCAUGCCGGCGAACGACCGUACAUUUGUGAGGAGUGUGGUAAAGAUUUUUCAACUAAAGGAUGGUUGAAAGAACAUCAGACGUCUCAUAGCGAUGAACGACAUUUUCUCUGUCCACAAUGUCCGAAAGCGUUCAAGAAUAUGCCGGCUUUGAAGAUACACAUAGAUACUCACUCUGACACGCAAUACGUCUGCCCGCAAUGUGGACUUCGUUUGAAUACGAAACGUACCCUCAGGCGGCACAUGGUUGUGCAUUCGGAUCAGAAGAGAUUCAAAUGCCAAUACUGUGGUAACGAAUUUAAACGCUCGAAGACGUUGAAGAACCACUUGAUGCUUCACACUGGCUAUCGGCCAUAUAAAUGUCCAUUUUGUGAAAAAUCCUUCGCCAGUGGACCCAACUGUCGUCAGCACAAAAAGAGUGCCCAUCCGGAGGAACUGGCUGCGCUAGAAGCAUCCGGGCAUGAAAUUUGGGCUGCAGAUGUACCGAAGCUGGAACAGCUGCAGCCGAAAAAUCCCCCUGUUAUUGAGUAA